UGGAUCAUGUGACAUAUAGAAACAUCCAUUAUGUGACAGACGUGAAAGUUUUGAAUGAAUGUUCAGUAAUGAUAGUCAAAUAUCUGACAGAUAUAAGAUCCCAUGGUUUGUCUUUUGAUGCGGUUAUCUUAUAUGACAUUAUGAAGAGACGGUAAUUAUACCUAUCAGAAGUAAGUCUACAAUUAUAAUAUAUGGAUAUGUACUGGUAAAUCAUCAGUUAUUUAUAUCUACAUGGCUAGUAAUCAGAUACAAUAUGACAAUGAUGAUGAACAACAACCCUUGAUUGUUGACCAUACAAAUUCAUCAGAGGUUAAAACUAUGGGAUCUAUUCAUAUAAGUGAAAAGUUGAAAGAGAUAGGUCGUAAUAUAUGUACAAAAGAGACACUAAAAAAGAAAUUACCGAUUAUAAAAUGGCUCCCUAAUUAUAAUUUAAAUGCUCUUCAGUGUGAUAUAAUAGGAGGAUUAACAGUAGGAUUAACUGUGAUACCCCAGGGAUUAGCUUAUGCUAAAAUAGCUGGUCUACCACCACAGUAUGGAUUGUAUUCAUCAUUUAUGGGAUGUUUUGUCUACUGUUUUCUGGGAACAUCUAAAGACAUUACCCUAGGUCCAACGGCCAUUAUGUCAUUAAUGACAGGGACAUUUGCUAUAUCACCAGUACCUAAUGAUGCUACUUACGCCAUUGUCUUAACUUUAAUGUGUGGUAUUAUACAGUUAAUUAUGGGUCUUCUAAAUUUAGGUAUAAUAGUGAAUUUCAUUUCUUAUCCUGUUAUCAAUGCUUUUACAUCAGCCGCUGCUAUUACUAUAGCAUUUGGUCAAGUUAAGCAUAUAUUUGGAUUAUCCAACAUUCCAAGAGAUUUCUUACCUAUGGUAUAUCAUACAUUCGCAGAACUUGGGAAAACCAAAAUUUGGGAUAUGAUUUUAGGAUUUUCCUGUCUUGUUCUUCUGUAUUUUAUUAAGAAAUUACGUAACAUAAAUUGGGGAGAUUCUAAAGCAGAAGAAUUAACAAUUGGCCAAAAAGUUUCACGUAAAUUUCUAUGGCUCUUUGGAACUGGAGCUAAUGCCGUUGUUGUUAUAGCAGGGGCUGGUAUAGCAGCUAGUUUAAUAAGUAUGAACAUAACAGAUAAACUAACUAUAACUGGUCAUCUACAUGCUGGACUACCUCCAUUUCAACCACCAGCCUUCUCGCUAAAAUCUAAAAAUAUAACUCAGUCAGCUGGGGAUAUAUUUACUAAAAUUGGAGUAGGAUUUGGUAUAGUGCCUUUACUUGGGUUAGUGGAGACUAUUGCAAUUGGAAAAGCUUUUGCAAGACAGAAUAGGUAUAAAAUAGACCCAACACAAGAACUUAUUGCAAUAGGAGUAGCUAAUAUAUUUAGUUGUUUUGUAUCAUCAUAUCCAGUAACUGGCAGUUUCUCUAGAACGGCUGUUAACUCUCAGAGUGGUGUGAAAACUCCAGCAUCAGGCAUCUUUACAGGUGCUCUGAUAUUAUUAGCCCUUCAAGUUUUAACACCAUUAUUUUAUUAUAUACCUGAUGCUGCCUUGGGUGCUGUUAUUAUAUCUGCUGUAUUACAAAUGGUUGAUUGGAAAGUACUUAAAAUAUUGUGGAAGAUCGACAGAUUAGAUUUAUUUCCAUUGAUUGUAACAUUUUUAUCAUCAUUAGUUAUAGGUAUAGAGUAUGGUAUAUUAGUUGGUAUUGGUAUAUCUAUUAUAAUGAUUCUAUAUCCAUUAGCAAGACCAAAAUUAAAUUAUAAUUAUCAACCAGGUAUUAUAAUAGUACAACCAGAUAAAGGUAUCAAUUUUCCAGCAGCAGAAUAUAUUAGUGAUACUAUAGUCCUUAAAGCAACUAGUGGUGGUAAAAGAAGAUCUGUGAUAUUUGAUUUUUCUCAUAUUUCGAAUUUAGAUUAUACAGCCGUAUUGGCUAUAGAAGAAUUAAUGGUUGAUUUAAAACAACAUAAAUUAGAAGUUGUGUUAUGUCAUAUAUCGGCAUCAGUGUUAAAAGUUAUACAGAGAGCUGAGAUACCCAAUUUAAGACUCUAUUCAACAAUUGCAGAAGCUACUGAUGAAAUGUAUGUAAAAGAUGAAAGUGAACCCACAGAAGAUGAGGAAAGCCAGCCAUUAAUAGGUCAUGUAUAGUGAUGUCCAUGCCAUGAAAUACGAAGUAGCACAAACCAACUAUAUUCAUCAUGAAAAAUGAAUAAUUAACAAACUGAGUUGUAGACUGCCUAAAGUAAUGAAUGAGCAGUUCACAUAUCUAUAUAUCAAUUUGGGUGUGGCUAGAAAUUUAAAGGCCGUCACCAGUGGCAGGUCCAGCUUCCCUCCCCCCCCCCCCUCAUCCACCCUCCCCCAGAUAACAGCAUAAAAAUUCAGUUAUUAUUCUGUUUCUAUGAAACAUGUUCAUUUUGGGCUCCGACCCUCCUCCUCCCCCAUACCUAAUAUCCUGCAUCCGCCACUGCCAAUCACAGACAAGACAUAUUUUGUUGUGGUCACAUCAGAAAUCAUUAUUCGAGUGCCAUUAGAUUCAACUGAAAUGAUCAAUUUGAGAGCUAUUUUUGGUGCAUUGUUGGAAACUAUAUAUCUUUCACGUCAAUAUAUUUUCCAUUAUUUAGGGAUAUUAUUUGAAUUUAUUGAUAUUAGUUAAAUAUCUCAUAGGAGAAAAAUAACAGAACACGUUCCAGUAGUUUUAACUAAAAAUUCAGUUUGAAUAUUUUUGAGCUCUGAUGUUUAUGAUCAUAACCAUUUUCAUUUCAAAGCUUUUUUGUUAUUUACAUGAAAAGGGUCAUGUGGUUGAAUAUUGCAGUUAUGUUUUUAAUCAUAUCAUAGUGAUAGAUAUACUUGAUGAACCAAAAACUAACCAUUUAUCUUGAUAUCAAUAUUUAAAGAUGACCUUGUAUUGUUACAUGUAUUUGUUAUCAGUUGUCCUUCACUCAGUUAUCAAAUUACUAAUAUCCCUGGUACAUGAAGUACUGCAUACAUACCUUCAAGGAUCUAUACUCUCUUAACAUUCAUAACUCAUAAUCUUAAUUAAUUUGGGGGGUUGGAUGGCUGAAUGGUUAGCACAUGUGCGCUGUAUGAUAAGAUAUGUCAUUGAGUCAACUGGCGGGGUUUCGAUUCCCAGGUUGUACGUGACAAGGAGUAGGGUAGCCUGUCCAACCUUGUGGGGGUUUUCCGAGUCCUCCAGUUUCCUCCCAUUCCUAAAGACCCCUACAUGCAAGCGAGUUGUUGAAAUAAAAUUGAACCAUGUGCUAGUCUCAAAAUGACCUAGUUUGAGUCGAGUGGACGUUAAACCCCAUUUCUCUCUCUCUCUCUCUCUUCUCUUAACUAAUUUAAGAAUAAGAUGCAUCGAUAUAUUGUAUAUUUGUACUUAGCCAUUUCUGAUAGAAAUUUUUGAAAGAAAUCGAAUACAAUGAACCAGGACAAUGAAUUAAUGAUACAAUAUUAUUAUGGGUAUAUAAAAGUAGAAAUAUUUGUGGUAUGAAGGUCAAGAGCAAAAUAUUAAGUAAUAUAUUGAUACUGCUGUGAGUGCAUAUCAUUAGUGACCUUUAAACAACUUAAAAUACCGAUUACACUAUAACGCACGCACAGAUUUCUGUGAAAUCGUCAUAUGACCACCAUCUUAUACAUUGGCAAAGUGUCUGUACCAUUACUUGAAUUAAUGGUAUGCCAAUUAAAAUCGUGAUCUCACAUCUGUAUUUUAAGCUCAUUAAUGGUACUUAAAGAUUAUCAACAUUCCCCUUUGUGUAUCUAAGUUGAGCUUAUUUUAGGAAAUCAAGCACAAACAAUGAUUUAUUUAUAGUAACCUAGAAUAUCAUAAAGCACAAUAAUUUAGCAUGCAUAAAAACGGAAUACCACAUUAAUAUUCACAGUUUAUAUUGUAUGUAACUAAUAUUUUAUUUCACUAGAUUGAGGAAAUGGCAAUUUUGGCAGAAUCCUCAGCACUCCCGGAAGUUUUUUUUUUUUUUACUAUUAAGACCUAUGGCAAUUUACAGCGAAUCAAAUAUUAUUCGUAUUAGGUUAUUUUCUUUUUAGAUGUCCCCCGCUUUUUUAAAAAAAACACAGGACAAUUAAAAUAAGUUUGUCUAUCAUACAUUUAAAAAACAAUAACUCUGCUUCUAAUGUUAGAAUGUCCAAAGUUGGUGUAGAUGUUCAUUAGAUGAAUGUUGUGUCUGAAUGUGAUGGUGAGCAUUUUCUGCUUAUGUUAAGCAGAGAAAAGUAAUUUAUUUGGUCAAGACUUUGGUUGUGAGUGAGAGUGAUGAAACUUGUUGAAUACAUUUAUACCAGACUUAAUUUCGAUAAUGAGCAUUUUCGGCUGAGAUUAAGCAGAGUGAUUGCUCAAUGCUUUAUAAAUGUGCAAAUAACUUUAAUGAGUGUCAUCUGUUUAUUUUGUUGAUUAAGGUGUUAAGGCGGGGGACAUCAAUCUCACUGUUGGCUGGCUUGUAAAGCAGGAUUCAAAUGUAUUGUGGAAAAACUGGACUCAUUUUUUAAUUAUACCCACUUAUAUUAUAUUUAUUUUAAUAUGUGCCAUUGUUAUUGAAUCAAAUGUUUUAUGUGAAACAGGAUGAUGUUAUGAUUUAUUAGGUUUAUUUGUUGAAUAUUAUAUUUUCAUAUUUUGUAUAUAUUUGGUUAUAAAAAUAAGCGAGGGCUUUAACAGUAUAUUAUUUGCCAAAAAUCAGAAAUAAACUUUACAGUUAU